AUGUGGAAACUGGUUAAAAUCAUUGGCUAUUUUGAAGCCAAAGCCAUUGAAUUGCAUGUCGGGCAACACUCCGAGGUGCACCAAUCCCUUGCCCAACCCUUCGAGAUGUCUAUAUUUACUUGUUUGUCCGAGUGUUCACCACUGAAGCAGUACGACGACGUUGACAAUGUUGAAAUAGCCGUGCAACAGAGCGAAAAACAGCCAUCUGUACAAAACAUUCCCGAUGAGUCUAUUGUUGCGCUGGACGUUUCUAAUGAGGUGCCAAUCUCGGCAUCGAGAUCCCCAAAUAAGAAACUACAAAGAUUGAUUGACAUUAUAACUAUCGUUAGACGCAACAAACCCGCUCUGAUUCAAUAUUUGAGAAAAUUAAGACGAAAUUCCGUGAUCGUGCGAUAUCUUAAAAACCUCGGACGACGACUGGGAAUAGCACCGAGGCUUUGGAAAUUGAUAAUGAAAGAGAUACUCGAGGAUUUACGGCCGCGAUCUACCAAAGCACCCUUGGCAGAAGAGACAACUACACCCGACUUAAUGAGGCCACCCCCAAAGAUGCUACGAAAGAUAGUAGAGAUAAUCUGCGCGACGUCGAAGAUCUGUGACAGUACAGAUGCGGAAAUGCACAUGAAAAAAACAACCGCCUGGAGAAUUAAUGGAAUUUUAUAAUAAUCAUAACUCUGGGAAGCCCUGUUGAUCGGGAGCUGGUCUAUCUGCAACAUUUAACAAUGCAAUAUAUCUUUUUAUAGUUUCAUAUAAAACUCAAACGUUGUUUCACAGUUUGAUAAUUUGAAAUUAUUGAAUUGAGACCGUAAGAAAAUUGUGCUUCAAAUAUGUGUCAUUUUUGUGUAUAUCUGAAGUAUAAUUUGAUUAAAUUGUAUGCCCUGGGCGAAGUGAUAUGCGCGGAAUGAGUUAGGAAUGAGUAAGGGAUGAGUUAGGAAUGAGUUGUGAGUAAGGAAAAGAAGAUCAAACCAAAAAUAAAUGAAUGCUGUAC